AUGGUAGGAAUAAAGAAAGGUUGGGAAGAAAGCAGCUGGAAGAUAGUGGAAACAGGUUAUGAAGAAGAUAUAUUACAUAUAAGGAAGAAGGACGAGGAAGGAAAUCUAAACAUCAUCUUGAUAUACAAUAGAAGAUACAAAAGCAAAGAGGUAGGAGAAGCCAUUGCGAAGAUAACGGAAAGGUUCGAAAAAGAGUAUAUAAUAGUAGGAGGAGACUUUAACAUAAGGACAGGGGAAUUAGGAAGAGAAGAAAACGAGGGAGGUGUGGAGAGGAAAAAUAAAGAUAGAAUAAUAAACAAUGGAGGAGACAAAUUCAUAGGUAUAAUGCAAGAGAAAGGUUUAAACAUUUUAAAUGGGAAAGUAGAAAGUGACUGGGAAGGAGAAUUCACCUAUGUAAGAGGAAGAGAUAGCACAGUGAUUGACUAUGUUUUUGCAAAUGAACCGAUAAUGUACAAGAUAGUGGACUUUAGGGUAAAAGAAAGAGUGGACUCGGAUCAUAUGCCAAUCUGCGUGAGGAUAAGCAGGGAGCAAGAGGUAGAUAGAAGAUAUAGAGGAAGAACAGGAGAAGAAGAGGCACAGAAGGAAAAGAAAGUUAUCUGCUGGGACAUCGAGGCAAUAAAAAGCUUUAUUGCAAACACGGAGGAAACAGGUUGGAUUGAAGAGCAGGAGGAGAGGAGUCUAGAUUUUACAUGGAAGAAACUAAAAGAGCUAGUAGAUAAGGCNAUGAUAAAAAAGGAUAUUAGGAUCAAAACGAAAAGAAUAGGAUUUAAGGAAUGGUGGGACAAAAGGUGCACAAAGAUGAAAAGGGAUACCAAGAAGAGCUAUAAGAAAUGGAAAAGUGAUAAAAUAUCGAGGCAAGAAUACUUAGAACAGAAGAAGGAAUGGAGAAGAUAUAUGGAAAAGAAAAAAAUAGAGAAAAGAGAAGAAGAAGAAAAAACACUGAAAAGGAUAAGAACGGAAGCGGAGGUAUGGAAAUUUAUAAAUAAAAGGAGAAAGAAAAGAGAAACGAGGGAGACAAACCUUGAGGUGGAGGAAUGGAGAAAGCACUUUGUGAACCUACUAGAAGGGCAGGAGACGUUGGAGGAAGAAGAGAAUAAAGGGAGCGAGGAAUGGGAAAAAGAGGACGAACAAAGAAAAGAGAAGAGACAAGGGGACGACCCAUCGGAAGAAGAAAUAAGAAAGGUUGUGAAGAAAAUGAAAAUGAAAAAGGCAGCAAGAAUAGAUGGCAUUCCAAUGGAGGCUUGGAAACUAGGUGGAGAAACAGUAAAAAAAGGAAUUGAGUGA